AUGUCUACUGGCAUUGUAGAGCGUUUCCGAGAUCCAUUACUUCGUCCAGCCGACGGAGACCGAUUGAAGACGCCCCCAUGCUGCAUCUGGGACGAUCCUGAGCUCUCACCGAAGAUCCGAGACGCAUGCAGAGUGGCACGUGAGGCCGGGUACAAUUUCCUCUGGAUCGACUCAUGCUGCAUAGACAAGACGAGCAGCUCCGAGUCGACAGAGUCGAUAAACUCGAUGUACCAGUGGUACGGCCAUGCGACGGAGUGCUACGCCUUCCUGGCCGACGUCCCUCCAGGCGAUGACCCUCGUUCACCGGAGUCUAAAUUCCGUUCGAGCCGAUGGUUCAGGCGCGGGUGGACGCUCCAGGAGCUCAUUUCGCCCUCGAAAGUAAAGUUCCUCUCGAACGACUGGAACAUCAUCGGAACCAAGCACAUCCUCGUUGACCUCGUCGAAGAGAUCACUGGUAUCCCUGACGAAUCUCUACUACACAAGAAGUCGCUCGACGAGUUCAGCGUGGCCCAACGCCUCUCAUGGGCUGCGAAACGAAAGACGACACGAGUGGAAGAUCGGGCGUACUCGCUUCUCGGUAUCUUCAACAUCAAUAUGCCGACGCUCUAUGGUGAGGGCCAUCACGCCUUCCGCCGAUUGCAGGAGGAGAUAGUGCAGCGAGUACCAGACCAGAGUCUCUUUGCGUGGGGA